GCAAUGCUAAUAGCAACUGCGUCAACAGGCCUAUCGAUGGGUCUGUAGGUUACUUGUGCCAGUGCUUGCCUGGUUACGAAGGAAACCCCUACCAUCCAGACGGUUGCCAAGAUAUUAAUGAGUGCAUGGCUCUAAACCCCUGCCAGAAUGGAGAGUGCUUAAAUUCACCUUCAGGUUACUCUUGUUUAUGUCACAAAGGAUACAAACACAACGGCAUCAGUUGCAUCAAAGAUGAUUCCGAAAGACGGUUCAAGAUCGUUCUCCUGCGUUUUGUCUCAUUGGUUGGCGGCAGUACUCUUGGACUAAUAUUUCUAUCCAUUGCUGCAUGGUGGUUGGUCCAAGUCAUAAAGAAAAGGAAAAACAAAAAACGAAAGGAGAAGUUUUUUAAACAAAAUGGUGGUUUAGUAUUGGAGCAACAAUCAUCUUCUGGUGAUCAAGCUAAUGUUCAAAAAAUUAAGUUGUUCAAUUCAAGGGAGCUGGAGAAAGCCACGGACAAGUUUAGCAUAGAUAGAAUUCUUGGCCAGGGAGGGCAAGGUACUGUUUACAAGGGAAUGUUGAUGGAUGGACAAAUUGUUGCUGUAAAAAAGUCUAAAAUAGUUAACGGAGGCGAAGUUCAACAAUUCAUUAAUGAAAUUGUGAUUCUUUCACAAAUUAACCACAGAAAUGUGGUUAAACUAUUGGGUUGUUGUUUGGAGACCGAAAUUCCCCUCUUGGUCUAUGAAUUUCUACCGAACGGAACACUUUCUCAGUACAUUAAUGGCCAAGAUGAGGAGUUUCCUCUUACAUGGGGAACGCGAUUGCGAGUGUCUACAGAAGUUGCUAGAGCUCUUUCAUAUUUACACUCGGCAGCUUCUAUUCCUAUUUACCACCGGGACAUCAAGUCCACCAACAUACUCUUGGAUGCCAAGUAUAGAGCAAAAAUUGCAGAUUUUGGGACUUCAAGAUCCAUUUCCAUUGACCAGACACACCUCACCACACUAGUACAUGGAACAUUUGGUUAUUUGGACCCAGAAUACUUUCAAUCAAGCCAAUUUACAGAAAAGAGUGAUGUUUACAGCUUCGGUGUGGUCCUUGUUGAGCUCUUGACUGGACAAAAACCAGUUUCCAUGAUGAGAUCGCAAGAAAGUAGAAGCUUAGCAACUCAUUUUCUUCUUUCCAUGGAGCAGAAUCGUUUGUUUGAUAUUCUUGACGCUCAAGUUAUGAAAGAUGGUAGCAAAGAAGAAAUUAUAGCAGUUGCUAACCUUGCGCAAAGAUGCUUAAAUUUGAAUGGAAGGAAACGUCCUACUAUGAAAGAAGUAGCAGUGGAACUGGAGGGCGUUCAAUUGGCAGUCAAAGACGCUGUUCAUGUUCAACAAAAUUUGGUAGAGGAAGGAGAUGUCGGAACUGAUGAAAUAACCACAGAGGCUUAUUGCGAUGUUGUUUCUACAUCAAUUGGUCCUUUUACAGAUGGUGGUACUACAGGUUCUCUAUCCGAUGAACAACCACUAUUGUUUUACAAUACACAGUAGUAAGUCGAGGGAACAAAAUGCUGAAAUUGCAAAUCAAAUCAAUGAUGCCACUGUUAGAUUGGAGGCCAUCUAGCUAGAUGGCAAUCACGUUUUUCUUCUUUUACAGUUUAGCUAUUGCAGGCUAUACAUAUAGCUAGGCAAUUUAGUAUGAAUAAG